CGGCCUCGACCUGCUGUUGCGGCUGCUGCAGGCGCCGGAGCUGGAGACCCGUGUGCAGGCCGCGCGCCUGCUGGAGCAGAUCCUAGUGGCUGAGAACCGAGACCGGGUGGCGCGCAUCGGGCUGGGCGUGAUCCUGAACCUGGCGAAGGAGCGCGAACCCGUGGAGCUGGCGCGGAGCGUGGCAGGCAUCUUAGAGCACAUGUUCAAGCACUCGGAGGAGACGUGCCAGCGGCUGGUGGCAUCCGGAGGCCUGGACGCGGUGCUGUACUGGUGUCGCCGCACGGACCCGGCGCUACUGCGUCACUGCGCGCUGGCGCUGGCCAACUGCGCGCUGCACGGGGGCCAAGCGGUGCAGCGACGCAUGGUGGAGAAGCGCGCCGCCGAGUGGCUCUUCCCGCUCGCCUUCUCCAAGGAGGACGAGCUGCUCCGGCUGCACGCCUGCCUCGCGGUGGCGGUGUUGGCAACCAACAAGGAGGUGGAGCGCGAGGUGGAGCGUUCCGGCACGCUGGCGCUUGUGGAGCCGCUGGUGGCCUCGCUGGACCCUGGCCGCUUCGCCCAAUGCCUGGUGGAUGCCAGCGACACAAGCCAGGGCCGCGGGCCUGACGACCUGCAGCGACUUGUGCCGCUGCUCGACUCGUCGCGCUUGGAGGCGCAGUGCAUCGGGGCUUUCUACCUCUGCGCGGAGGCUGCCAUCAAGAGCCUGCAAGGCAAGACCAAGCUGUUCAGCGACAUCGGCGCCAUCCAGAGCCUGAAGCGCCUCGUCUCCUACUCCACCAACGGCACCAAGUCGGCGCUGGCCAAGCGCGCGCUUCGCCUGCUGGGCGAGGAGGUGCCGCGGCCCAUCCUGCCCUGCGUGCCCAGCUGGAAGGAGACCGAGGUCCAGACGUGGCUGCAGCAGAUCGGCUUCUCCCAGUACUGCGAGAGCUUCCGGGAGCAGCUGGUCGAUGGCGACCUGCUUCUGCGGCUCACGGAGGAGGAACUCCAAACCGACCUGGGCAUGAAAUCGGGCAUCACCCGCAAGAGGUUUUUUAGGGAACUCACGGAGCUCAAGACCUUCGCCAACUAUGCUACGUGCGAUCGCAGCAACCUGGCCGACUGGCUGGGCAGCCUGGACCCGCGCUUCCGCCAGUACACCUACGGCCUGGUCAGCUGUGGCCUGGACCGCUCCCUGCUGCACCGCGUGACGGAGCAGCAGCUCCUGGAGGACUGUGGCAUCCGCCUGGGCGUGCACCGCGCCCGCAUCCUCACGGCCGCCAGAGAAAUGCUACACUCCCCACUGCCCUGUACUGGCUGCAAGUCCAGUGGGGACACCCCGGAUGUCUUCAUCAGCUACCGCCGGAACUCAGGCUCCCAGCUGGCCAGCCUCCUGAAGGUGCACCUGCAGCUGCACGGCUUCAGUGUCUUCAUUGAUGUGGAGAAGCUGGAAGCGGGCAAGUUUGAGGACAAGCUCAUCCAAAGUGUCAUGGGUGCCCGCAACUUUGUGCUAGUGCUGUCAGCCGGGGCACUGGACAAGUGCAUGCAGGACCAUGACUGCAAGGACUGGGUGCACAAGGAGAUUGUGACUGCUUUAAGCUGUGGCAAGAACAUCGUGCCUGUCAUUGAUGGCUUUGAGUGGCCUGAGCCCCAGCUCCUGCCCGAGGACAUGCAGGCUGUGCUUACCUUCAAUGGCAUCAAGUGGUCUCACGAGUACCAGGAGGCCACCAUUGAGAAGAUCAUCCGCUUUCUGCAGGGCCGCUCUUCCCGGGACUCGUCCGCGGGCUCCGACACCAGUUUGGAGGGUGCUGCACCCAUGGGCCCAACUUAACCAGCCCCCGCUUCCCAAGCUCCGCUGCGACUCCCAGUUCCAUUGUCUUCCCUGAAGGAGCAGCUCUUCAAACAGGCCUCCCUGGGCUGAGGCAGCCUGGGCUCUUCUCAGGAAGUGGCUGUCCCCAUCCCCCACCUUCAUGGCUCAUCUGGAACCCACUUGCCUCAGGAUCUGGAAAAGAAAGGGAAGCCAGGCAUGGGUCACACCUCCCCCAGGUCCUGCCAUCAGGUUCUCUGUCCAGGCAGGGGGAGGCUCCCUGCUCAGUUCUGGAGACACGGGAGAUGGGGUUUCUACACUCUCUUCUCCUGCCCUGAUAGCAGCUAGCUUGAGGAGGAUGAAGACAGCCAGCCUCAGACAGGAGACAGGAAAAUGCCCAGGCCCUCUCAGUCUGGGCACCAUAGUCUGAGCAAGGGCCUGGACCCAGGAGCCAGUCAAGAAUGAGAGUUCAAGCACAGCUCUCCACCCAGACUGUGCCUGGCCCCUGGGCUCACCGCUUCCUACCACCCCGUGGCCUUGCCCUAUAACCACUCAGUGCCCUUAGCCAGCCUGGCCAGGGCUCACAUCCCCUCCAGCCCUCUGUUGGUGUGGUUCCUUUUGCCGCAUCCAGGGCCAGGGUUGGGCCAAACUGGCCUUCCGUCUGACUGGUCUAUAGCUGCAGCCAGCUUUGCUGCACUUGCUGGUGCACACGAGCCUCCUGCUUGGGCCUGAGUCUGGGCACAGGGAGACCAUGUCUCAAAGUUCACCCUACCCCAUUCCGUGGUGCUAUGCCUCGGGCUCCUGCCUGGUCUGGCCCUGUCAGCUUCCCCAGCCCCUCAUCCACCCAGGCCUGUCCACCCACUUGCUCAGGGACCAGGCAGCCCACGGCAGCCAAAGUAGCUUGGACAGAACCUGCAGCUCUGUGGGAAGAGGCAAAAUCUUGAAGGAGGGAGACGGUCAUUACCUAGGGCAGCCUCUCCCACUUUAAUGUGCAAUCACCUGGGAAUCAUGUUAGAAUUCAAUUCAGGUGGGGCCUGAGACUGAAUUUCUUAGAUUCCCAGGUGAGCUGAUAAUGCUGGUGGUAUUUUGAGCAGCAAGUCUCUAAAACACAAAUCCCUCACAAAUCUUGGCCAUUUCUCAAGCACUCCACUCCACAGUCUCUAUGGUCAUCAGAGCAACUCCAUCUGGCAUUAUCAUUCCCAUUUUACAGAUAGGGACAUUGAGACUCAGAAAGGUUGAGUGAUGAGCACAGUUUCCCGAGUCAUUAGUGGCAGCCUCGGAUCCAGACCCAGGCCUCCUGGCACCCAGCCCACUGCCGGUGGAACUGCUCUCCUGGAAGCUGUACCGUGGACAGGGUUGUUGCUUCUCUCUUGCCCCAAAGAAUAAUCUAGCAGCAAGGGAUAGGAUUUUACAACAAUAGGCUGACCUAGGGGCCACACAGAAAAGAACCGGGUAAGAAUGUCCCUCUGCCCCUCCCUUCACUGGGGUCGGAGGACAAGGAAAGUACCCUCCUUCCAAUAAACCCAAACUCCAGCCAGUGGAGUCAGCUGGGA